AUGUCACGCCUCUUGCUAUUCGCAUUUCGCAAACUCCUCAACACCUUCAUCCGUACCGCAAGAAACGAUCCACUACUCGCCAACACCCAUGGACUCUUCCAAGAAAGUCCUACCGAACCACCCCAAAAUGUGCUAGAAUUGACCUUGGCCAUUCUAGGACUGUCCCUCGAAUUUAUAGACAGGGACAAGGACGACAACAAGAAAUCAAAUCCAAAGCCUACCACCACCCGCAACCUCCUUCAAACCCUCACCACCCUCCACCGCGAAGAAGGACUUGUCUCCCUCAUCAACGGCUUCCAUUACACCAUCUACUACAAUCUGAGGUACUUUAUAGUCACAGGUCUGCUCACAUCGCCUAUCGCACGCUUCCCUGAGCCGCUCGCACACAUCAUCGCCUCCGUCGCUCUCGCCGAAUUCCAUUUCUUCCGGACAGCAGGAGCUAUCCUCCCUCCCGCUGAGCAGAUGCGCUACGUGCCUCUUAGUCUUGAUUAUUAUCGGUGGAAUGCUCUUCUCCUGCCGACGCUGCUUUACGCUAGUGCUGAGACGAUCAUGAUGUAUGUGCCAGAGUUACUUCUUGCCCCGGUUCGAUUCGAUGGUGUGCUGCUGCAGCCGGAGGACUUGACGGAUGUUACUUCCCUCGUGAGAUCCGAUGUUCUUGUCGCGGGACUUAUGCUCGUUGCUCAGGUUCUGGUUUUGCUCCCGGCGUGUAUUGUGCUUAUUGUGGUGGAGGGGAGCUUGGUACCGGGGGAUUGUGAGACGUUGAUACCUUUGCCGAAGGAGGGUGAGAAGAUGGGGGAUGGUGAUAACCAGAUUGUUUUGUGGAAGGAGGAGGAUGAGAAUGACAAUGAGGAUGAGGAGUACCCAAAGCAGAAAGGCAGGCUCAUCAAAGACCUCUUCAGGUUCAAGGGACCAUUGCAUGUGCUUGAUGUAUUGGAGAUGAUUAGUAUGAGGCAGUUGCUGUAUUGUUUCGAGUUGCAUGGGAAGAUGUGUUUGUGUGUGGUGGGAGUUGCUACGGCGGUGCAGUCGGUGAUGUAUUUGGUGUCGUAG